AUGAACAUUGAGAUGAAUAAUAAAACGGCGAUCGGUUGGAGAUGUUUGACGGCACGGGUCAGACACUCGUCGUCACAAAAUCAGUGCAUUUUGAAUGAAAUUAGCGGUCGUUUCGACUUCGAGACCAUCAAUGCUUUGAUGGGUUCUUCGGGUUCGGGAAAGACUACACUAAUUAAGUGCUUAAAUGCCAGCAAUAGAUAUGAAUUGAGUGACAAAAGUGAAAUAUAUGUGAAUAAAAGUGUGAAAAUUGUUUCGUGUUUUAUAUCUCAAGAACAAAGCGAUUCAUUAAUCGGAGGAUUGACUGUAAAAGAGGCACUUCUUUAUGCCUAUGGAGUGAAGAAUAGUUGCCAUAAAUUUGGUGUAAAUGAAAGAGUGUUUGAAUUAAUGGAUGAAUUGUUGUUAAGAGAUGUUUGCGAUAAUCGUAUUGAGAGGUGUAGUGGAGGCGAACGGAAACGCAUUGCUAUAGCAUUGGAGUUGACAUCAGAGACGGCGGCGAAUGUCAUGUUUCUCGACGAACCGACCACUGGUCUCGACAGCAAUGCCGCACAUAUUUGGAGGCGAACGGAAACGCAUUGCUAUAGCAUUGGAGUUGACAUCAGAGACGGCGGCGAAUGUCAUGUUUCUCGACGAACCGACCACUGGUCUCGACAGCAAUGCCGCACAUAUUUUAAUCGACCAAAGGAGGCUUUUGUGUCUUUGACGGCAAACCUCAACAUUUGGCUCAAUAUCUGA